CUCUUUUCACCGUGGCAUGUGCCUUUCGCUUUUUCUGGUCGGCAGUGCUCGGCUGGUCCUUCGCCCUAUCCCCCUUCUAUCUAUCAUUCAGUCCCGUUUUGUGAGUGCUCAGCCAAGCCCCUCGCUCAAUCUUUGCACUGUUCUUCCUUGUCUGUUUUUGGGGAAAUCAACCAAGCUGAGUGUUAUGUGUGAAGGAGGCUGAUUGAUUUCUCACGGAGCAAUGGAUCUUGAGUUCGGGAGGGGCAUGAGAUCCCCGCUGCAGAGGGACUCAUGGAAGACCACCAUGCUCCUGGCGUACCAGAGCCUAGGAGUGGUCUAUGGAGACCUGAGCAUAUCCCCCUUGUACGUCUUCAAGAGCACCUUCGCCGAGGAUAUCCAGCACUCGGACACCAACGAGGAGAUCUUCGGCGUCCUCUCCUUUGUCUUCUGGACACUCACUCUCAUCCCUCUCAUCAAGUACGUCUCCAUUGUCCUCCGAGCCGACGACAAUGGCGAGGGAGGGACUUUUGCCCUCUACUCUCUGAUUUGCCGGCAUGCCAAUGUGAGCCUUCUCCCAAACAGGCAGAUUGCUGAUGAGGAGCUCUCCACGUAUAAGCUUGACCGGAAUCCAGAAACCACCGAGAAGACUCUCGUCAAGGUGUGGCUCGAGAAGCACAAGAACCUGCACACCGCCCUCCUCAUCAUGGUGCUGAUUGGCACGUGCAUGGUGAUUGGGGAUGGUGUUCUGACGCCGGCUAUAUCUGUGUUUUCAGCGGUGUCAGGGCUUGAGUUCUCCUUGUCCAAAGAUCACCAUGAAUAUGCUGUCAUUCCGAUAACCUGCGUCAUAUUAGCAUUUCUGUUUGCCCUCCAACAUUAUGGUACACAUAGGGUCGGAUUUAUCUUUGCCCCAAUAGUUCUAGCAUGGUUAAUCUGCAUGAGUGCUCUUGGCCUUUAUAAUAUCAUACAUUGGAAUCCUCAUGUCUACCAAGCUCUAAAUCCCUAUUACAUGUUCAAGUUCUUAAAGAAGACUAGAAAAUAUGGCUGGAUGUCACUUGGUGGAAUUUUGCUCUGCAUGACAGGAUCUGAAGCAAUGUUUGCAGAUCUUGGACACUUCUCAUACAGUGCAAUCCAGCUUGCCUUCACUUCUUUAGUUUACCCUGCGUUGAUUCUGGCAUACAUGGGUCAGGCUGCAUACUUAUCAAAACAUCAUGACUUUUACUCAAACUCCCAAGUUGGAUUUUACAUCGCAGUUCCAGAUAAAGUGAGAUGGCCUGUGCUUGUACUGGCGAUUCUGGCUUCAGUGGUUGGAAGCCAAGCAAUCAUCAGUGGAACAUUCUCAAUUAUCAACCAGAGUCAGUCCCUAAGUUGCUUCCCUCGGGUAAAAGUUGUACACACAUCUGAGAAAAUUCACGGCCAGAUAUAUAUCCCUGAGAUUAAUUGGCUGCUCAUGAUCCUCUGCAUUGCUGUGACCGUUGGAUUUAGAGACACAAAGCACAUGGGAAAUGCAUCCGGACUAGCAGUGAUCACGGUGAUGCUGGUUACCACAUUCCUCACAUCCCUUGUCAUCAUGCUGUGCUGGCACAAGCCACCACUGCUGGCCCUGGGCUUCCUCCUAUUCUUCGGCUCCAUCGAGGCGCUCUACUUCUCGGCAUCACUCAUCAAGUUCCUUGAGGGCGCAUGGCUCCCGAUCCUUCUUGCCCUUAUUCUCAUGGCCGUCAUGCUCGUCUGGCACUUCACGACCAUCAAGAAGUAUGAGUUCGACCUGCAGAACAAGGUCACUCUGGAGUGGCUUCUCGCCCUCGGUGACAAGCUUGGCAUGGUCCGUGUACCGGGCAUUGGACUCGUCUACACCGACCUCACCUCAGGUGUCCCUGCCAACUUUUCCCGCUUUGUGACCAACCUCCCGGCGUUCCAUAAAGUCCUGGUCUUUGUAUGCGUCAAGUCAGUUCCUGUGCCAUACGUGUUCCCCGCCGAACGGUAUCUCAUUGGCCGAGUUGGUCCCCCAGGCCACCGGUCCUACCGGUGCAUUGUGCGAUAUGGUUACCGUGAUUUUCACCAAGAUGUCGACUCCUUUGAGACCGAGCUGAUCGAGAGCCUUGCAACAUUCAUAAAGCUAGAUGCCUCUUACCGGUGCAGCGAGGCCAGCGAGCACCAGCUGGAGGAGCGGGAGCCAGGGCUGACCGUGGUUGGAAGCAACCUGCUCCAGGACCAUUCUGGCUACGACUUCCAAGACAGCGUCCAGCACUCGGCCGCAUCUGUUGAAAUGCGCCCUGCUGACAGCCCCAGUGGCACGGAAUCGGAGCUCACGGUGCAGGCCAACUCGGCGAAGCACGUGAGGUUCUUCAUAGAUAGCCUGGUGGCGAGCCCUGAGGCGGAGAAGCACGUGACCGAGGAGCUGGAGGCGCUGUCGGCGGCGAGGGAGGCCGGCACGGCGUUCAUCCUGGGGCACUCGCACGUGCAGUGCAAGCCAGGGUCGUCGGUGGUGAAGAAGCUGACGGUGGUCGGGUACAACUUCCUGCGGCGCAACUGCCGCGGCCCGGACGUGGUGCUGCGCGUGCCCCCGGCGUCGCUCCUGGAGGUCGGCAUGGUGUAUGUGCUAUGAAACGGCGUGUUUCUUCUUCCUCUUCGUUUUGCCCCUGUUUCGAAUUCUGAUAGAGAUUGUUUAUAUACACACACAGUUCCUGUAUCAUAAGUCUGCUGACCAGCGUGUAGGUAACUUGUCGGUGAUGUUGUAACCUGUAAUGGCCUGCUCCCUGGAGUAUUUUGCAUCCGGCUGUAUACGGGCAUACGGCGAGCAA